AAUAAUUUUAAAAAGUGACACAUUUGAGCACCUCUAAAUUUGAUUUUGAUUUUCCAAAAUUCCCAAAUUUAAAAGUAGCCUGGAACGAUGGCAACGACAGCAUCCACCCAAGCUGUGACAGAUGUGGCUACCUUAACCACCACAGCUGGAGGAGCACCGAAGCUCAGGUACACCUUCACCGCUGCAAGCCACCGUUGUUUAAACCCGACAAGGAAGCACAUGGGUUCCACUAAAUUUCUCAUUAACGUUACAAAUCACUCUCCAGUGCCAAGUCUACAACGUUCAUUCACAGUUCAAGCCUCCAACAAUCACCAGUUAGAAGACCGAGAUUCAUUCACUCAGGAAGAUGUCAACUAUUUGUUAAAAGUAGGAGCAGGAUCAUUUGUGGGUGCGGCUGUCAUCAAGUAUGGAAGCAUCCUAUUCCCAGAAAUAACCAGACCCAACAUCUUGCAGUCUCUGAUUAUGGUAUCAUCUCCUUGUAUCAUAGCUGUCUGGCUUUUGAUCAAGCAGAGUCGAACACAACAAUGACCAAGCUGAAAGUCUUGAGCUUAUACAGUGUUUAUAUACCUAUUGUUCUAAAUGUCUUGCAUAUGUAACCAAUUCCAGUCAAAUUUGCUUUUACUUGUUAAGAUUGCUCCCAAACUUGAUGUAGAGUUUGAAAUAUGCUGUGAACACGGAUUAUAAAUCAAUCCAAAGAAAUUCAUUCA